CGGAAACGUGACUUUGGUCGUGCGCCACCCUUGCCGACCGCUUGCAACAAAGCUACUACUAAUUAACUUCCGCCGAACCUCUCGAAACCUUCGACCAUUGGUCGUCACCACGACGUCGACUAAAUCUCUGCCAUCCCAUCAGGAGCAACGCGUCCAGCUGUGACAUGUCCUGCUAGGCGCAUCUUUCAAUUCCACCUCUCCCCGCCGUGACUCCAGUCGUACGGUCUUCUUCCUUAGAUUGUCGUCCCCUAAGGCCACGCCUUUGAAGAAGGCGAAAAACUCGGCGGCAAGAUGUCGGUCGCUUCGAAGAACCUGUUCGACCUCCUCGGCAACGAUGAAGAAUCUGACACUCCGAAGGGGCCCGUGAAGACCGUCGACAAGACCCCCACCCAUUCGACGAAGCGCAACGCCGAUGGCCUGGCCCCAGAUUCCAAGCCGGCUUCCGCUGGCAACCGCCGGGGCGGUGGCGCGUCCGGCAACGAGGCUGCUUUCCGCGAUCGCUAUGCCGGCAGUGACCGCAACCGCAACCGACCCGUCGACGAGUCCGCCCUAGGUGGCGCACGAGGCGGCCAAGGUGCCCGUGUUCGUGGCGGUCGCGGAUCGAGAUACCCUCGCGAGCGUGAUGAUAGACAUACCAAGGGAGCCCCAGGUGGCGGUUCUGAGAAACAGGCUGCUCAGUCAUGGGGCGCCACUGAGGGCCAAUCUGAGCUGAAGGACGAGCAAGCCGGCGAGGCGAUUGCCAAGAAGGAUCAGAAAGAAGCUGCUGUCGAGGGAGAUGCUGCCGCCGAGGGCGAGGAGGCCGAGCCUGCCGAGCCCGAGGAGAAGCACAUCUCGUACGAGGAGUACCUCGCCCAGCUGGCUGAGAAGAAGCUGGCCUUGGAGUCGGAUGCCUCCCUGAAGGUCCGCAAGCCCAACGAGGGUGUCAAGGCCGACAAGAAGUGGGCCAAUGCCAAGCCUCUCGUCAAGGAGGGGGACGAGGACUACUUCGCCGGAAUCAGCGGCAAGGCCAAGCGCGAGCGCGAGCGCAAGACCAAGCAGCUCGUCGAGAUUGACAACCGCUACGUCGAGCCCGAGCGUACCGCCGGCGGCCGUGGCGGCCGUGGUGGCCGUGGUGGCAGCCGCGGAGAAUCGUCUCGCGGCUCUUUCCGCGGUGAUCGCGGUGAUCGUGGAGACCGCGGCGACUCUUCUCGCGGCUCUGCCCGCGGCGGCCCCCGUGGCGCUGGCGGCCCCCGAGGUGGCGCCCCCCGUGGCGGUCCCCGUGGCGACUUCCGGGGCGGCCCCCGCCGUGGCGGCGAUCACGCACCCCUGAACCCCAAGGAUGAGUCUGCCUUCCCCAGCUUGGGGAGCUAGAUGCGUUCGCUCUCGAACGCCAUAGGGGUCACCACCGGAGAUGCAGGUCUCGGAUUAUGCCUUUGCUCGGAAGAAUGCUCAAUGGCGGCAGUAAUGCAGAAAACAGGGGGAGGCGUAGGUCUAUAUCGGUUGGUAGUACCGUUAGGCGGCAUUCAUUCAUCUCGGCGGCAGUCCAACAUCGGCGUCUUGCUGGUUCCCGUCACAGAAAAAGCACACAUGGUUUUCUGAUAACAAAGUUUCCAAAUAUUUCUCUCACAACCAAAAAAAAAUGGUCUCCUUUUCCUACGUUUACCUGAGCAUAUGGUGUGGGAAAUGGUUGGCCGAUGGGGAACAACGGGAUUCCACGUUUUCCGUGGUGGCCAUUUUCUUUUCAUCUUUGUAACUGGUAAGAAAACUCGGUCUAUUCUCGAAAUGCCAGGUUACGUUGCCGUUUA